AUGGAAGGAGAGGAGCGGGAGGAAGAGGAAGGACAAAGGCGGAUCCAGGCUGGGCAGACAGAACCGCGCGCUCGAGCCCUGCCUGAAUUUGCAGCCCCCACCUGUGGGAUCAUUGCCCCCCCAUCGCGCAGAAUAGUGAGAGCGAAGAGGGGGGAGCUUUUGGGAUUGCUGGGACUGCCAGCAGCCUGGGGAGGGCCCUUUGCAAUGAACCCCAAAUUCCACAACCUGGCUGCAGAGAUCUCUCGUCUCCGUCCGUCCCGGCUGUCCUACCCCCAACGAUCCUACAACAGCUCAUCCCUUGUUUUCCCCAAACCAGGAUUUCCCUUUGCCAACCCCUGGGAGGCUCCAAGGAAGAGGAAGAUGCCCUGGGACACUGAGGCAGAGCAGGAGCUGAGCAUGGAGAGCAGGGAGGACAAAUCCCCGUGUCAGAACCUGGUGGAAGAGGCCGUUUUGAGCAGCUCCACGGUGCAGGAACCCAACGGGGAGGAAAAGCCCCAGAGAUCCCGCACGAGGAGGGGCUGCAAACGCAGAUGGCGGGGAUCUGAGGGGGAAAGAGCCAGCCUGGGCCGGGAAGGCGGCCGGAGAUGGAGCCAGAGCUCGGAGCUGGUGCUGCAUGAGCAGCUCCAUGAUGGGGAGAAGCCCCACACGUGUGGGGAGUGUGGGAAGAGCUUCAGGAGGAGCUCCAACCUGAUCAUGCACCAGAGGACCCACACUGGGGAACGGCCCUACGAGUGUGAUCAGUGCAGGAAGAGGUUUCAGACCAGCUCCAAUCUCCUCCUGCACCAGCGCACUCACACAGAGGAGAGGCCCCACGAGUGUGGGGAAUGUGGGAAGAGCUUCAGGCACAGCUCCACCCUGAUCAGUCACCGGAGAACCCACACUGGGGAGAGGCCUUACGAGUGUCGGGAGUGUGGGAAGAGCUUCAGCUGGAAUUCCAACCUGAUCCUCCACCAAAAGAUCCACACUGGGGAGAGGCUCUACGAGUGUUCUAAGUGUGGGAAGAGGUUUCAGAGCAACUCCGAUCUCCUCAAGCACUAUCAGAUUCACAGAGAGGAGAGGCCCUUCCAGUGCCCUGACUGCGGGAAGGGAUUCAAGCACAGCUCCACCCUCAUCACCCACCGGCGCAUCCACACUGGGGAGAGGCCCUACGAGUGUCCCCAGUGUGGGAAGAGCUUCAGCUGGAGCUCUAACCUGACCCAACACCAACGGAGGCACCGGUGAGGGAAGCCCUGCGAGUGCCCUGAGUGCAGGAAGAGCUUCGUGUGCUACUCCAGCUCCAUCCCCCACUGGAGGAGCCACAUUGGGCAGAGCCCUGGUCCCUCACAUUCCUGUGAUCCAUGUUGGGAACACACCUGGCUGCCUCUCCUUUUGGUCUGGCAAUGAUUUUCUUGUGCCUCAUCUUCAUCCCUUAAAAACACCAUAAACAUGGUUAAAUAAAUGAAAUUGAUCAAAGAUA